AUGCGCUGGACGGGUCCGCCAGGUGUGGAGCCAGAAAUCCUCCUUUAUCUCGAAAGUUGCGAGGGGAAAGACCGACUCAAGUCCAGAGAAGAGGGGACCUACCUCUGUGUGGUGUCCGCCUGUGGACACACUCUCACUGGGACAAGGAUCCAUGAGAACGUAGAAACCACAGUUCUCUCUGAGGCCGAGCCCUACACUCUGAUUGUGUCAGUCGUUGUGCUUGGACUGGUGGUGUGUGUCCUACUGUGGGGGAUUUGGAGAAGCAGCCAGAAAAGAGAAGUGAAGCGCUGUGACCAUCGGUCUCUCUCCACUCAGCCUGACGACGGCCUCACGUACACAGCUGGGGAGUUGCAGUCUUCCUCCAGGUCGACCACAGCGAGACUCAGGAGAGACCGAGACUCGUACACAAAGGUCUGGUACUGUCACUGCGAAUGA